UUCCCCCGAACGUCUUCUCUCAGCAGUGUUCGUCAGGAACGCGAGUUAGUUCAUGCGUGCUCGUAUGCGUUGAGCUGAACUGCAUGAUUUAUGAAAGAUAUUCCCCUUUUAUAUAACUGCGAACAGAGUGUUGCGUUAUUGUGAGCAGGCGUUUUCACGCUUGGAGAUCCGCAGCCAUGGUGGCCACCAGCUCCAUCAAGUCUAAGCGCUCUGAGCAGGUGACGGACACGCGCCUUAACUGUGGUGUCAAAGAUGCUGACUCGUGGUUGGACCCGCUGAAGACUCCAGACAACUCUGAAGAAUGGACUUGUGUGAAACUGGCCAAACUGUUGGAGAACUGUCUCUCCCAGUGCAAGAAGACCACCCUGCACUGCUCCACCUUGCUGGUCCCAGAGAAGCUCACACACCGAGUCUCCAGUGAGGUUUUGCUGCAGGCUUCCUGCGAGCCUUGCGGCCUCCGAGGCUGCGUCCUGCACGUGCUCCUGGAGCAGGGUGAGACCUGCAAGCGUCUUGUGCGGAUUGUGUGCGACCCCAGCGUGGUGCCCACGUUUGAGUUGACCCUGGUGCUCAGACAGGAUGGCACUGGUUGGCCCAGUCUGGGGGACUUUCUGUUCUUAAAGACCUGCUUCUCCCCAAAACUCAGACAUGCCCUCAGAUUGAGUCCUAGUUUCCGACUAGUCAAAAAGAAACUGUACUCGCCAUCCGACGGGGCAGUGGUGGAGUGUUGAACAAAGAGCUUCAGAUUCUGCUGCUUUGAUCAGAAAUGGCGUUUGAUGUUUAACUUUAGUUUCCUCCCCAAAUAAAGCUGCUGAAACUUAUCGCUGCUGAUUUAUGGGCCCGCGUUCUACUGGCUUGAAGCACUCAUGCUUCCUUUGUGCAAUAUUUUAAUGAAAAUACCAGGCGCUGUCUUU